UAGGUCUACGGAACAUGGCCCCGGGGCCGUCAGCCACACAGGGGAUCCUGCUGCUGCUGCCUCUCCUGCCUCUUGGGGCGGUCCUGAGUUCGGUCUCGCCCUGCUCUGGCUCACCCUUGUCCCCACAGGUGACGCUGGGUUCUGCGGACGGCAACUGUGACCCCUCGGAUCAGUGCCCUCCCCAGGCCCGCUGGAGCAGCCUAUGGCAUGUGGGGCUUAUCCUGCUUGCCAUACUCCUGAUGCUUCUGUGUGGGGUCACAGCCAGUUGUGUACGAUUCUGCUGCCUCAGGAAGCAGGCACACACCCAGACACACACGCCAGCAGCAUGGCAGCCCUGUGACGGGACAGUCAUCCCUAUGGACAGCGACAGCCCCGCACACAGCACUGUGACCUCCUACAGUUCCGUGCAGUACCCACUGGGCAUGCGGUUGCCCCUGUACUUUGGGGAGCCAGACCCUGACUCCAUGGUCCCCCCCACCUACAGCCUGUACCCUUCCGAACUGCCACCCUCCUAUGAUGAGGCUGUGAAGAUGAUAAAAGCCAGGGAGGAAGCAGCAGCUCCCUCUGAGAAAACCAACUCUCUGCCUGAGGCCUUGGAGCUAGAGAUCACUGGAGAACCCCAGCAGUCAGGCUCCGAUGCCCAGCGGCCCUAGUCGUGCCCGUUUGAAAGGGGUGGGAGUUCUUUCUUCUGGAGCCAUUAAACCAUAGCCUGGAUUCCUGGCAUUUAGGACUAAGGAACCCCACCGGUGUCAUCCUUCCCCUGGGAAGGCCAGCCAUCCAGCACAUUGCUGCAGACUCGGCCUCGUUGCUAUGCAAUGCCCGGCCAGCCAGCCCCGUAUUGGCCCCUCUUCCUCACCCCUCCCACCCAUCUGGGGCCCAGCAGACCCUCAGCCCGGAGGAGCCUGGAUCUUGGGAGCUCAGGCCCCACUGGCUUGUCAGCCCUUUGAGGGGAAAAUAAAGUUUCUGUAAACAC